AUGCGACAAACAUUUGCAGCCAUCAGCCCAUUUUUUAAACAGAAUAACGGAAGCCCAGGACUCUGUCAUAAGAGCAGGUCAACAUUAUGUCGACUAAGUGACUCAGCACCACCUGUCUUUUCUCUUUUUCUUAGAGCCGUAGGUAAAACGUGCCUGCUGAUCAGCUACACCACCAAUGCGUUUCCUGGAGAAUACAUCCCCACCGUCUUUGACAACUACUCUGCCAAUGUUAUGGUAGAUGGGAAACCGGUGAAUCUGGGCCUGUGGGAUACAGCUGGCCAGGAAGAUUACGACCGAUUACGUCCUCUCUCCUAUCCGCAAACAGACGUGUUCUUAAUCUGCUUCUCCCUGGUGAGUCCUGCAUCAUUUGAAAAUGUCCGGGCAAAGGUACGUGAGGGGUUAUUUUUUGGUCUGUUUUUACUUACUGUCACUCGAGGUACAGAGUAGAAAUUAGGCUGUGUCUCAGAGGUAGGUAGGGCUCCUCUGAAAACAGGGACAACUUUGAGUUGGUGUAGUCUAAACAAGACCAGGACUCCUUGUUGGGGUGGGUCUCCACCUACUUGGGCCGGGGAUGAGGGCACAGCUCACCUGGCCGUCCAUUGGCAAGCUGAUGAGCCCUCUGACAAAGAAUGUCCUAUCCUUUGGGGGACCGUCCUUCUGCAGCCCGCCCGCUUCUCCUUUUCCUUGCCACCCUCCCUCCUGCCCUUGCCUGACCAGUCGAGC